ACAUAAAUGAGUGGUGCGCUGUUGGCUAGUCAUCUUAAAGUGUUCAAAAACAAAUAGGGAUGGGCAAGACAAGGGCCGAAAUUCAGGCCGCCUAUCGACAGCGGAAACGACAGCAAAUUGGAGAUGCUGCUUUCCUCCGCGCAGAACGGGAGAGGCAGAAGAAAUACUACGUUCGAGUUGAGAAUUUGCCGAAGAAAAAAGCAGAAGAGAGAAGGGUCCAAGUGCGGUCAAGAGUACAGAAGCACAGAGUAAGGGUCAAGAAAGUGAAGCAAGACAUGUACAAUGAACGACAUCAGGAAAACAUUGAUAGCUCAGUGAUUGAAAGCGAUACAACGCAAGACUCUGCGCUGUCAGAUGUAUCUUACAUUGCUCCGCGUAGUCCUCUGAAAGUAAAGAUGGCAUUUCCGGUCAAGAAGAGGAGAAAUCGUGUUAGCAGGUGCCUGAGCAAUGCUCACCGGAGAAUCGAGGCACUUACUCUUAAACUCCAGGAAACAGCAAAGGGAAAACGCAGAGUUCAGAGAAGAUACCAGAGGCUUCGUAAGAAACUUCCAACGUCUUCAACACCAUUUCAUGGGGUUUCGAGGAACACACCACGCAGUAAGACAGACAGCCAACUCAAGAAAUCUGGUUUAGAUCCUAAGUCUGUUCCAGCUGAAAUUAAGAAGAGGCUACUCUUCUCCAACGCGGUAAUCCAGGAAAUACAAUCUACCGCUGGAUCCAGCACCAACCAGACAAACAGGGCGAAUCUUCAUAAGCUGGUGGCAGGAGCCAAGAUAUUGAAGAAAUACCGCCUGCUGAGGAUGGUACAGAAGGGUACUGGGCUGGGAAGACGCAACUUGUCAAAGGCAAACACAAAUAAUGUCAGCCAACGCAAGCAGCUCCGGCGUUCUUGGUACAUGCUACACGAAGAAGUUGUAACUUUCCUGGAGAGGGAAGACAACUCACGCAUGUGUCCCGGCAAGAAGGACUGUUGCAAAACAGAUGACAUGGGGAACAAGAAACAGAAGAAGUUUCUUUGCGAUUACAUGUCAAAUCUCCAUGCCAAGUACAUUGCAGAAAAUCAAGACAAACGCAAGGUAUCCCUGUCUGCAUUCCAACGUGUCCGCCAAACGCGAUGUCCCCAUAUUAAGCCUGUUCAAUUCUUGUCCAGGAACCUUUGCUUAUGCCCAAGACAUCAGAACAUGGCCUUGAAGCUGAAAGCAAUGAAAUCCAUGGGUUUGCCUGUAGUCGAAAAUCCUGAUGAAUUCAUUAGACGCCACACCGAUGAUGAGGUACAUGAUCUCCUCUCUGAUUUGCAGCCUGGUGUGAUUCAGUUUGAAGAAUGGGCUAGAGUUGAGGCUGAUGGCAGAAAGAAGAUUAAACUCAUCAAUGUGUCACUGGCGAAGCAGGAGUUCAUCGCUCGCCUCAAAACGAGCAUCCAAGAAUUUCGUCAACACGUCUUCCGAAUUAAGAAACAGUUUGAAGCACUUUCUGACUGCAAGAAGAAUUUGCCCAAAGGAGAAUGCUUGGUGCAAAUGGACUUUGCCGAAAAUUACACAUGUGUGCCCUUAGAAGAAGUACAAAGUGGGUAUUGGAAUCAGGAAGGUGUAACAAUCCAUCCGCUGGUGGUGUACUUCCGGGAGGACGACAACAAUCUCAGUCAUCAGAGCUACGUUGCUGUGUCUGAUGAAAAGGGGCACAAUUCGUCUACAGUAAUUGCCAUUCUGAACCAAGUUAUCCCCCGCCUGAAGAAAUUGGUCCCACAGCUUUCGAAGAUACACUACUGGACUGAUGGGCCCACAUCCCAAUACCGCAACAAAACUAUCUUUUCUUUGAUAGGGGACCAUGUUGAGGUGUACGAUGGAAUCCAUGCCCAGUGGAACUUCUUUGAAGCUGGACAUGGAAAGGGGCCAUGUGAUGGUAUCGGUGGUACUGUAAAACGCAUGGCCGACAAUGCUGUCAAGCGCAAUGCUGUAAUACAAGACGCAAAGGAUUUCUUUGCCUGGGCAUCCCAGGAGCACGGUUGCGAGAAUGAUUCAAAGAUUGACUUUUUCUUUGUGAGCAAAGAAGAGUGUGUCUCAAGCAGUGAACUCAUUGCACAAAGGUGGGCAUCAGUCAAGACCUUCCCAGGAACUUUGCAAGUGCACGGCGUCAUUGGAUACGACAAAGGGGUUCUCCUCAAAGACGUCUCUUGCUACUGCGCAAAAUGCCGUGUAAUGAACCCUGCUGACACCAAUCAAGUCGAGCAUAUGUGUGAAGGUUGGCAACUUCGCCGUUUCGUGAGGGGGCCCAUGAAGCAAGUUCAGCCAGACAAAUGUGACGACCCUGAGAGAGAUGGUGUUGGAGAGCCUACUGGUGUAGUGAAUGAGACAUUCAACCAAUCGUCUACCAGCGUUCCAGUGCAGUAUCACACUGAUGACUGGGUUGCUGCUGUUUAUGAACAACGAUGGUACUUGGGGAAAGUGCUCGAAUCCGACAAAGAUGAUGUUCACGUGGACUUCCUCACUGAGUGCACAGGUCCUCGAAAUCAGAACAAAUAUAAAUGGCCAACCAGCAGUGACUCAAUCUGGGUAGCAAGGAAAAACGUACUGUGUUCCGUAAACCCACCCAAACGCGACUCCAUUUCCAAAAGAUUUUUUGUUCUCUCUGACAACCAAAGGGCAAUGGUCGAGCAGGCGUUCAAAGCGUUCAGUUCUCGCUCAUAAAGUAGAACACUCCCAUUUGUUCAUAGCCCACCGGACUCAAACAAUUAGAGUGCUUUAAUUCCAUUGUGUAGGGGUAAUCCAUCAUUAUUCGGUAGAAUCUGUUUUCAUUGUUGCACUUUCGAUCUGGUUGCUGUUAUUCGAUUUCUGUUGCUGUAUUUCAAUUUAUAUGAGAUUAUGAUAUUUGAGAUGAAUAGCAAAAGAAAAAUGCUAUUUAGAUAUACAGAAAUCUGUUAUUUUUUAUUCAUGGAAACAAGAUGCAAAAAUAACUGUUACAUUCCAAAGACCAUUUUGAGCAAUAUCCUGUGCAUAAAUCAAACCAAGUAAAUGAUGUAACGUUAAUCUGGGGUGGGGGUGGGGAUGUAGAUAGGCUGCUCAAGAGCAUGGAACAAUUAUUUAAGGAGACGAGUAUGCCUUAUGUAAGUAUUACUGCAAUGUUUUGCUUAUUGGUGGACGUAGUUGUUAAAUUUCAGUUGAAAAUGUUACCUAACAUUUGAAUUAAGGGAUUUUUUAUGAGAUAUCACCCGAUGAAAGGUUUGCUUAUAGUUAUUAUAUUAUUUCCUUUAAAGUGUAAAGUUACCUGUUAGAUCUCUUUGACUAACGCAAUUAUUCAUUUUCUUACGGACAAAUGUUUGAAAGUAGAUCCAUUUCUCCAUCUAAACUUUGAUAUUGUAAUACGUAUUUUCACAUUUAGGAUUGUAACAUACGUUACUUAUGAAUAUAGGCAUUCACUCAGCGAUGCAUGUGUCUACCAUGUUUUUAAUUUUAUGUGGCACAUGGACAUAUCGACUGUAUAUAAUGUGUGCAUUAUAAGAAUGAAAGUGGUUAACAGGAGAAGUGUUAUAAUUUCUCAUGAAAAUUGAUGUAAUAUUCGCAAAAGUUAUUACAUAACAGAGUUAUUGGAUUGCAUAUCCUAACUAAAUAAAACAUAUUCAGUUACUAAAUAAAUUUGAAAGGUAAAUGAUAACAAAGUACACGGGCUUGAAAGAAAAAUACCAGUUUAUUCAUUUCAUAUGGUUAAUGUCAUAUAUAUUCUGAAAAGUGAUAUUGUUCUCCUCUGUAAGGUUAACUCAUUCUUCAAGUAACCUACGUUACUCAUCUACGUAACUUACGUUACCAAAUUUUAUUCAACUGGUACUCGUAUUCUAUUUCCCCAAGAUCACUUCUUCAUGCCAAAGUGAUAUAAUGUGACUUCAUAUUUUUAGAUCAUGGCUGGAAAAAAAAAAAAGUCUUUAAAAUUUAAUUACCUAUCAGACAAGAUAUGAUGACACUUAGAUAAUUAUUCAGCCUUCAUAAUGUAGAAGUUCGUAUUUUGUAAAAACUGCAGAACAAGAUCACCUAUAUUCCACUUAAACGUUUUCCAGUCUCUUUGUUUAAUAGCUUAACUGGAAUAUAGAGCAAAGGCCGUGAUCUGAAAGUGCAUAUUAAAAUGUAUUUUUCCCCUUUUAGUGUCUCGGGUCAUGGUAACGUAGGUUACACCGUGUGUUUUGCAUCCACAAGAUGAAACAUGUGUAAUUCUUAAACCAAACAAUGUUGAAUGCUCAUCUCUUGGAAUUUGAAACUUUGUUGUUUAAUGUUUCAUUAUAAAAUAAAGACAAACUUGCUACUGAAACUUUAUUUUUUUGAAAUUGAAUGUUCUUAAAUGCGCCGAUUUACUGGUUUUGACCCU